AUGGUUAGAACGGUUGAGCUCGACGCAAGCGUGCCAGGGUUCAGGGCCCAGGAUCUGUUUGAGCUGGUGUAUGGCGGUGGCGGCGCCUUCUUGCGCCACUUCCACAGGCUGGUCAACAAGGACCCAGAUGCGAGCGUGGGGGAGUGGGAUGGCGACCAGCGGACCGUCUCCUUCACCACCCCCGUGGACGCCCCUGCAAUGAUCAAGCGACUGAUCGGCAUGGACGUCAUACGGGUGGUGGAGACGCAGCGGCGUGCCUUUGGGCCCGACGGCUCCGCCACGCUCACCAGCGAGCCGGUGCCAGAUAUGCCCGGAGGCGCCAAGUUCUCAACCCUGGCGGUGCUUGCCUUCAGCGACGCGCCUGGCGGCAGCGCGUGUCAGAUACGUGCAGUGGUCACUUGCACCGCUGGGGGGCCGUACGGCCUGACAGGGACCAUCGAGUCGUUCAUGGCUGAAGCUGGAAAGAAGUCUCUCCAGGACUUCCUGGAUGCAGUCCAAGCAUAUGCGCAGGCCCCAGAAGCGGCGGCAGCGGCAGCGGUGGCAGCGGUGCCGCAAGUGCCGACAGCAGCAGCAGUGACAGCAUUGCCAGUAGCAGCAGCGGUGGCAGAACCACCAGCUGCUCCAGCAGUAGCAGCAGCGCCAGCAGCAGCAGCAGCAGCAGCAGCGCCAGCAACAGCAGCAGCAGCAGCCGGGCAGCCGGAGGAGCAGUUUUAUGAUGCUCUGGAGCUGCCGCAGCCGCAGCUGGCGCCCAGUGGGGAUCGGCUGCUGUAUGAGCAGACAGUGCUGCUGUACCUGCGCUACCUGACGCGCUGGGGGCAUUGCGCCGCCACCUCCGCCGCCGCCUGCGAUGCUGCGGGGAGCAACCCGGUGCAGCACUCUGGCCCCCCACGGCGCGUGGCUGUGAUUGGAGGCGGGUUUGCAGGUCUGGCUGUGUCGUGGCACCUGCUGGCUGCGGCCCGUGCAGCUGGCGCGCCCAUGCAGCUGCAGCUCUUUGAUGCCUUUGGGCUGGGCGCGGGCGGCAGCGGGGCGGCGGCGGGCCUGCUGCACCCCUACACGCCCCGGGGCAAGAUGCUGUGGCGUGGGCUGGAGGCGUUCCAAGAAGCAACCGCCCUGCUGGCGGCAGCAGAAGCCGCAGCGGCUGCGGCUGGGGCGCCAGCAGCGCGGGCAGCCGGCAUCAGGCAGCCGUUUGCCUGGCGGCACGGCAUGCUGCGCCCCGCGCGGUCCGCCAAGCAGGCCAGCGACAUUGCUCGCUUCCUGCAAGCCGACCCCGGGGCGGCAGCAGCCACCCGGGCAGAGGCGGUGACCGAUGCUGCGGCCCUGGCGGCGCUGGUGCCGGGGCUGCAGCCCCGGCAGCUGAUGCCUGAUGAGCAGGCGGAGCCGGCGCCAGCCGCAGGAGCAGCAGCGGGACGGAAGCAGCGGCGUGAGCAGCAGCACCGGCAGCAACUGCAGCAGGAGCAGCAGGCGGCGGGGAGGCCAGCGCUGGGACUGAUGGUGCAGGGGGGCGCCACCGUCCACCCCGCCAGCUACAUGGCGGCGCUGUGGCUGGCCUGCGAGCAGGCGGCGGCGCAGGCCGGUGCAGGCGUCACCGCCACGCUGUCGCGGCAGGCGGUGCCGUCUCUGGCGCGCCUGCAGGCGGCGGCGGGACCCUUUGAUGCGGUGGUGGUGGCGGCGGGAGCGGCUAUUGGAAGCAUAGAUGAGCUCCGGGGGGUGCUCCCGCUGGAGCUCUGCCACGGGUAUUCACUCGACAUGCGACCGGGCGGCAGCGGCAGCUGGGCCCGCAGCGACGAGGGCGGCAGCAACGAGGGCGGCAGCGAGCACCGCGGCACCAGCUACCCAGCGGGCGCGCCCAGCCUGCUCGGCUCCCCCUACCUUGCGGCGCACGGCGGCGACAGCCUGGUGGUGGGCGCCACGAAGCGGUAUGGCCUGAGUGCUGCUGAGGCCUUUGAGCAGUGCAGCCGCCCGCUGGAAGGCGACCCUGCGGCUGCGGCGGCCGCAGCAGGCGCGCUGCUGCCGGCGGCGGCCCAGCUCUGGCCGCCGCUGGGCGGGUGGCGGGUGGAGGCUGUGCGGGCGGGGGUGCGGGCCCUGCCCACGCGGGGCGCCGACGGCUCGAUCCCUUAUGCCGGCAGGCUGCCCCUGGGACUGGCAGGCACCGAGCAGCAGCAGGAGGAGCAAGGGAAGCAGGUGUGCCAGCAGCAGCAGCCUAGCUGCUGGGUGAUUGGGGGCCUGGGGGCCCGCGGCCUGGUGUACCAUGCCUGGCUCGGCAGGCUCGUAGCGGCGGCGGUGCUGGCGGGGAGCGAGGGCGGCCUGCCGCGCGAGCUCCUGCGCUGGAAGCAGCAGGCGGCGGGAGACGGGUAG